AAUUAGAUUCAGCAUUGACUGGUGCUAUUUACUAAUAAUACUUGAAAUUACUUAGUGGGCAUUUCAAAGAGAACAUCCAAGAUCUCAACACGUCAGUAACUGGGUCUGGCUUCCAGUUUGUGUGAAUUAAUAAGGCUGAACUAAAAUUAAUUUCAUUUGGAAAACCCGGGGGCAGUCAGAACAGUCUAGUGCCAUACUGCCUGGAGGAGACAGCUGGCUUGCCACCUACAAUGUCUGUGACCUCUUAGGCAAGUGAUUUAAUUUCCUGUGCUUCCAUUUCCUUGUCUGUAAAAUUCUGCUAUAGUACCUACUCCAUAGAGUUAGCACUCUUAAAUGUGUUAACCUUUGGAGUGUGUGGCACAUACUAAUCACUAUACACAUUUUCUUUUUCAAAUGGACAACUCAAAUUCAUCAGGUUUGCCUUAAUCUCCUUUGCAUCUGUAUGAAAUUAAGUCAACAGUGCUGACCUGUACGGACGGCUUAGGCUCUUGCAGUAGUGUAGUGUCUACGAUUAUGGUUUUAGUGAGGAUCUUUUUCACUGUAAAGUAUUAAAUUUCAUGUUUGUUAGAACCAAAACACAUAGAAUAUAUUAUGGCAGGAUAGAGGGACUGGGCACGGUGGCUCAUGCCUGUAAUCCCAGCACUUUGGCAGGCCAAGGUGGAGGAUCACCUGAGGUCAUGAGUUCCAGACCAAUCCGGCCAACGUGGUGAAACCCUGUCUCUACUAAAAAAAAAAAAAAAAAUGCAAAAAUUAGCCAGGCGUGGUGGCCGGUGCCUGCAAUCCCAGCUACUCAGGAGGCUGAGGCAGGAGAAUCACUUGAACCCGGGAGGCAGAGGUUGCAGUGAGCCAGGAUUGCACCAUUGCACUCAAGCCUGGGCAACAAGAGCGAAACUCCAUUUCAAACAAACAAACAAACAAACAAAAAGGGAUGGGUGUAGAGAAAGCUCAAGUUUAUCUGCUGUGGAAGGUUAUCUGGAGGUACCACCGUCUCAGAACCGUGAGCAUUAUCAGAGGUCUGGGAUUCAUGAACUUAAUGGUCUCCUGAAACAUGUAGAUCAGGAGAACUCUACAGUGGUUGCAUUCUUCCCUCAGGCAGUUGACCCAAGCUGACCCACCGCUCCUAGGUACUUGAGCCUUGCCGCAUCCUAAGGCUGCAGGUCACGUAGAUGCCGCCAUCAUGCGAAUACUACAAUUAUGAGCCCUACUGGUAGAGCUCUCCUGGUCAUAUCAGCACCAAGGGCUCUAAAACUUUGAGGUCGUGUGGUCUCUCUUGUCAUGUUGCUGCUAUGGUCAUGUGGUGGGUCCAGCUCUUCCAGUCACUAGAGCAUGGUGGACUCCUGAACCCUGUUGCUUACAUGGAUUCUUCCCUCACAUGGCCAUUACUGGCUACCACCAUGUGGAAGUCUCAGCCCUCGAAGUCAUGUAGAUGUCUUCGGCAUGUGAAGUCAGGGGCAUGUGGAUGCUAUGGUCACGUACACUGUUCCCACCCACUUCUCCCCAUGGCCACAGAGUCAGGCUCAUUCCUCUCUGUCAUGGGAAGAUUGUGAGCUGCCGAACUCUGCAGAUCCGUGUGUGGGCAGCCAAGUGGCUCCUACCAUCAUGUGGCAGGCAAAACCCUUGUGGUCACGUGAGCACCGCAACUAACCAAGGUCUGUUGUACACGUGGCUCCUGUGGUCACAGGAGAUUCCACGCCCUCUCAGUCACCGGAAGAUUGAACUCUCGCGAGUCUUGUCGGAGACGUACUUCCGGCAGCUGUGUGACCUGUGACCUCUCCUCUCGUCAGGUACAAGCAGCCGCCCUUCUCGUCAGGUACAGGCAGCCACCCUUCUCGUCAGGUACAGGCAGCCGCCCUUCUAGUCAGAUUCCUUCCUGAAAACUCUCCUUUUCUUCCUGUGGAAAAGUAUAUUGAAUGGAUUUAAGCAUUUCCAAGUCUGUUCUGUGAGACACUAGGGCCAGGACAAAGCAACAACAAAAUGUGCUCUACUCUAAGGAAGUGUGGGACAUACAGAACUGAAGGACGCCAUGACCAUGGGAGAACGAAAGGUGGGAGUCCUUUCCAGGAUAAUUUUGACAAGAGGAACCCUCGUUAUGAACACGGUGGGCAUGAGUUUCUGCCUUCAGAGCGCCAGGAGAAUGAUGGAAGCGUGGAGAUGGGGGAUGUCCACAAGGACCGCCAACUAAGACACACUCCUUAUAACAUCGAACGCAGCAGGAAGCUAGUGAAAUGGCAUAGUGAAGAUCAAAUCUAUACUACCACGUGGAGAAACAGAAAACUUCCAGAGAGAAAAAUGAUGGAGGACACGCGAGAUGGAAAAACGAGGGCCUGGUUCAAGGUCACAAUUCCUUAUGGGGGAAAGUAUGACAAGGCGUGGCUAAUGAAUUCAAUCCAGAGCCAUUGCAGUGUCCCCUUCACUCCACUCGAUUUCCACUACUUCCAAAAUCGGGCACACUUCUUUGUGCAAGGUGCUGGUACUGCCUCCGCUUUGAAGGAUGUCAACUAUACGAUUUGUGAUGACCAGAACCGGAAGAUAUGUAUAUUUGUCAAUCAGUCUACUGCACCCUACUCUGUGAAGAAUAAGUUGAAGCCAAGCCAAAUGCAGUUGCUAAAGCUGACCAUGGACAAACGAUAUGAUGUCUCCAAGCAAGCUCUUGAUCUCCAAAGUCUCCGCUUUGACCCAGACUUGACGGGCCAUGAUAUUGAUAUAAUCCUGAAUCGAAGAAACUGCAUGGCUGCCACCCUGAAGGUCAUUGAAUCGAAUUUCCCUGAGCUACUGUCUUUGAACUUGUGCAACAACAAACUGUACCAGCUGGAUGGCCUGUCUGACAUUACAGAGAAGGCCCCCAAAGUCAAGAUCCUGAACCUCUCCAGAAAUGAGCUGAAGUCGGUGUGGGAGUUGGGCAAGGUGAAAGGGCUGAAGCUCGAAGAGCUGUGGCUAGAAGGGAACCCCUUAUGCAGCACCUUCUCUGACGAGUCUGCCUACGUAAGUGCCAUCCAGAAUUGUUUCCCCAAGUUGUUACGCCUGGACGGCCGAGAGUUAGCCCCAGCAAUGAAUGUUGACACCGACAGCUCUGAGUUAAUGAAACCCUGCAAGGAAAGCUGUAAUGGAUCUGAGACCCUAAAGCAUACAGUCCUGCAGUUCCUGCAGCAAUAUUACUCAAUCUAUGACUCUGGAGAUCGACGGGGUCUCCUUGGUGCUUACCAUGAGGAGGCCUGCUUCUCCAUGACUAUUCCCUUCAACCCCGAGGACUCAGCCCCGAAGAGCUUGAGCCAGUACUUCGAGGAUAGCAGGAAUAUAAAAACACUCAAGGACCCCUACCUGAGGGAGGAACUGCUGAAGCACACAAAACGUGACAUUGUGGACUUCCUCAGCACGUUGCCCAAGACUCAGCAUGACCUCAGCUCUAUCCUGGUGGACAUGUGGUACCAGACGAAGUGGAUGCUCUGCUUUUCUGUCAACGGGGUGUUCAAGGAAGUGGAAGGACAGUCUCAGGGUUCUGUUCUCGCCUUCACCCGGACCUUCAUCGUUACCCCCGGUAGCAGUUCCAGUCUGUGCAUCGUGAAUGACGAGCUAUUUGUGAGGGACGCCAGCCCCCAAGAGACUCAGAGUACCUUCUCCAUCCCAGUGUCCACACCCUCCUCCAGCUCUGAGCUCUCCCUCUCCCAGGAGCGGCAGGAAAUGGUGCAGGCUUUCUCUGCCCAGUCUGGGAUGAAGCUGGAAUGGUCUCAGAAGUGCCUUCAGGACAAUGAGUGGAACUACACCAGAGCUGGUCAGAUCUUCACUGUGCUCCAGACCAAGGGCAAGAUCCCAGCGGAGGCCUUCAAGCAGAUCCCCUGAAAGAAGCCCUUCCACGUCUUCUUUGUCUUCACUCACAUCCUCUUUGUUUCCUCUCUUCACCAGCCGAAGGCCAUGCCCAGGAGCGGCAUUGGAGGCCUGGCCGAUCAGGAAGCCAAAGUUAACGGGCAGGCUGCAAUGCCAUAACCACCCGAAGAGCCACUUGCCCUGUGUAUUUGCCCCACUCAUGAUCCCUGUUUAUUUUCAUAAUAAAGAGUGACGUUGC